UUACAUUUUAAUGUAUUAGAUGCCACACCAACACAGGCAGAAAGGGCUCUUUAUGAACAAGUUUCUACGCUUCUCCGACCCACUGAAACACUUUUGGAUUCUUUACGGCGUUACGAAGGGUGUGGUGAUCUAAUUAGGAAAGCUAUUUCUAACCCGACGCCUGACAAUGAAGAGGAAGCUUGGCAGGCUGUUCAACCAGUAGUUGCAAAACUAAAAAAAUAUUUUGAAUAUUCAACUUCUUUGGAGGAUGCUCUACCCGAGUUGUUAAAAACUCUUUGUGAAGGAAAUGUUCGAAAAAAUAUUGAACAAUAUCAAGCACUCACAAAGUUAUUGGCAAAUAUACUGGAUUUCGCUUUUGAGUUUGACUAUCUGAAGAUGAAAACACCAUCAAUUCAAAACGACUUUUCUUAUUAUAGAAGAACAUUGAGUAGAGGAAAACAUACAAAUGAA